GAACCAUGUCACAGGAACGCACCGCCACUGUGUCUCGCAAGACCAAUGAGACCGACAUCCACAUCACACUGGAGAUCGGGUCGCUGGACUCGGCAGCCGAGCAGGUCAUCAACAUCGACACAGGCAUCGGCUUCCUGGACCACAUGUACCAUGCGCUGGCGAAGCACAGCAAAUGGUCGCUGACGCUAAAGUGCACCGGCGACCUGCACAUUGACGACCACCACACAGCCGAGGACACGGCCAUCGCCCUUGGAAUGGCAUUCAAACAGGCGCUGGGCGAGCCGCGCGGCAUUCGGCGGUUUGGACAUGCGUACUGCCCGCUGGACGAAGCGCUUUCGCGCGCCGUGGUUGACAUUUCGGGCCGGCCGCACGCAUCGAUUGACUUGGGGCUGAAGCGCGAGAUGAUUGGCACGCUGUCGUGCGAGAUGAUCCCGCAUGUCUUGGAGUCGUUCGCCACGGCUGCUGGAAUUACUCUGCACGUCGAUGUGCUGAAGGGCUUUAACGACCACCACCGGCGCAGAGCUGUCGCGCGCACAGGAUCGAACGACGUUCCUAGCACCAAGGGAGUCCUCUAGAGAGCUAAGAGAAAUGCGUCUAGAACAAACAUGCUGCUGAAACAAGAAUAGCCAUUUGAUAUGUAUGGUGUACACUGAAAUUGUGCAUGUUUAAAUGUACGCCGGUUUGCAUGUAGUGUGCAUAUAUUGGAUGGAAAAAGCUGUGCGGCGGAUUCAUUACACCACUUUGUUUUAUUUCCUACUCCACAUGCUUGUCAAGCCAGAUCGCCGACCAUGAUUAACUCUAGAAAUCGUGAAGCCAGUCCACAUGUUUUGUGAUUUUCAAU